AUCGAUCAAGCCAGAUAGACCCAACACGUAUAUACCAACAUGCCAUGCACCCCUUAAGACAGUGCCUAUUUUCUUGGCCCUACUCCUUUUUGCCACGUCGCGCCGCCUAACUCUUUUGCCUUUUCCUUGCUAAUUUCUUCACUUCUUCCGUUUCCAUCAUAAAACAUUCCCAAGCCCUCCCUCCCUACAUUCGCCUUGACUUCCAUUUCCCUUUUUCUUUCUUUUUUCCCUUCUCACCAAACUAAAGCUUGGCUGAGAAAAUGAAGAUCUUCAACUGGGUGCAAAGGAGGUUCCAUCAUAACGUCCUCAAAGAUGGGCUUGCACGAAAUGUUAAGAAGACUGAUUCCAUUGCAAUUGACUCCAAUACAAAAGCUUUAGUGGAACAAGUGGCACUGGUUGACAUGCUGGAUGGUUGGCGAGAUGGCGUUUUAACAAUUGGCACCUUCGGUUUCGAUCCUUUGAAAUCCUUGGCUGAAGAACAAAAUGACUACCUAGCUUCGGGGAGCUACGAAGACGACGACGAAGAACGGUACUCUGAUAACAACGAUGACGAAGAUGUUGAUGGCGAUGAUGAUGACGAAGAAGAAGAAGUGAACCCGCUGAUGUUGAGCAGUUUCGAGCCGAGUUUGGAAGACGUUGAUUCAAAUGUCGAUAACUCGAAAUACAGAAAAAAGGAGGUGAUGAUGAUGGUUGAUGGGUCUACUGAUCAUGAAAUCAAGUUUAACUUGGAUGCCACCGAGGACCAUUCUGGAAAGCUGAGAAGAAGAACUACACUGGCCGACCUCUUCUCUGAGGACACUGACAUAAAAAAGAAGCCCAGCUCUCCUCUCCAUUUGGACACUGAUUCUUGCAAAAAGCCAUCUUCUCUUCCUGCCAAAAACGGCCUUUCUUUUGCCAAGAAACUCAUUCCUCAAGUUGGAGUUGGCGAGGAUUCACGUCCCAUCAAAAUGCUACACCAGAUGAUGAGGAGGAUGUUGAAAAGGAAGAUCCAUCCAGAGCUUGAAGGCAAGGGUAAUCAAUUGGAGGGACGGUGCAAGGCAAGCGUGAUUGAUGCUGUUGCUAGCAGCACACUCCAAGCCAAUGAAUCUGUUUCCUUGCUUCAAUCGCCAGAUAUUGCUGAGGUUUGAAUUAUAAUGGAUGACCUAAUCUGCUAAAAGUUAAUGUUCCCAAUGUUUCUUCUUAAAUAAUUGAAUGUUUAUUAUUUUAAUUUUACUUUGUUUUAUAAUAUGAAUUAAUGUAUGUGAAAUAUGGAACCGAGUAAUUCUGUUUUGUAAUUUUCCCUACUUUGGAUUUAGUAUAUUGUUGGUUGUUUGA